CGCGCAUGUAGUAGGACGAGGACGACGUGUUUUGAACGUAAGAAACUCGUCAGUGCGAAAGACGCGUUCGAAGGGAUCGGUCAUACGUAAUCGUGCUCCUCCAAAAAUUUUUUAUUUGUGUUUCUUUUUCCUUCUCUCUCUCUCUUUCUCCCUCUCUCUCUCUCUCUCUCUCUUUCUCUCUCUCUUUCCCUCUUUGCUUCUCUCUCUUUCUCUUUUUCUCAUUCUUUCUUUCUCUGUCUAUUUAUUUGUCUCUCUCUCUUUUUGUAUCUUUCUUCUUUAAUCCCUUGUCGCGUUACACUUUUACAAUCGUAAACACGUACAGUUGUUUUUUAUUACAUUCAAUUGACGAUAAUUCGUUGUUGUUAUCUCCUUUUCUUUUUUUUUUUUUUCUCUAAUUUUUUUUUUUCUACUUUUACAUUGCUAGUGCUUUAAAAGUGAAUAAGAGAAGGAGUGACAAGAAGAAAAAGGAAGGACAAAAAGAAAGAAGAAAAUUCCAAGACAGAGCUUUAAAAAUUACGACGACGAAGAAAGAAAAGUGCCAUACUUGGAAACAGUUGAUUUCGAUCUAGAAAGAAGUCGAAAGUGGGGAAGAAGGACAAAGAGUGAGAGAGAGAGAGAAAGAGAGAGAAAAGAGGGAGAAAAAGGGAAGAGUAAAAAAAAAAAAAAAAAGAAAAAGAAAAAAAAUGUAUCGACAUUGAGAUUUGAUCGUUGAAAUUUGCUCCCGUGAAAGUUCCUUUCGAUUUGGCGAUUAACUUUUAAAAGGAGAAGAAAAAAAAAAUAAAAAAAAAGAAUAAAAAUAGUAUCGACAACCAUAACAACGACAAAAGACAAGGGAGCGAAGAAGAAUCAAGAAAAAUGGCGGACUACAAUAAGGAUGACACCAAACAACGGGAAAAGAUCAAGAAGAUGUUCAGUUGGAGCGACGGAAUAACAAAUGGGGACAGUACCGCGGACGGCGGUGGGGGUAUAAUAAACCCAAAUUUCUCAAUGAACGUUAUUCAAAACAACGCAGAGAGUAACAUAGAUCUAACAAUGGUUACAACUAAUCCAGUCUUGGCUACGCCAGGAUUAAAUAAUCCAGCAUGGAAUCGACAACAGGCUGUUAGCGUUAGACACGCUUUCAAAACUUAUGGCAGUAGUAAAAAUCCAAAUCACGUUAUACAAAAUCUCAGUAUGACGGUAGCCAAAGGAUCAAUAUACGGUCUCUUGGGUGCCAGUGGUUGUGGCAAAACAACAUUAUUAUCCUGCAUCGUUGGACAAAGACGUUUGAAUUCCGGAGAAAUUUGGGUUUUAGGUGGUAAACCGGGUACAAAGGGUUCCGGUGUACCUGGGAAAAGAGUUGGUUACAUGCCACAAGAGAUAGCCCUAUAUGGUGAAUUUACUAUACGCGAAACUAUGUUGUACUUCGGUUGGAUAUUCGGCAUGGACACCGCUGAAAUUGUCGAUAGGUUACGUUUUUUAUUACAAUUUUUGGAUUUGCCAUCGCAAAAUCGGCUUGUCAAAAAUCUCAGUGGUGGCCAACAAAGACGGGUAUCGUUCGCAGUGGCUCUCAUGCACGAUCCUGAACUUUUAAUACUCGACGAACCAACCGUGGGCGUUGAUCCGUUACUCAGACAAAGCAUUUGGAAUCAUCUAGUACAGAUAACCAAAGAUGGCAACAAGACAGUCAUCAUUACGACACAUUAUAUCGAAGAGGCUCGACAAGCUCAUACGAUCGGAUUAAUGAGAAGUGGACGUUUAUUAGCCGAGGAAUCACCACGGGCACUUCUGACGAUGUACAAUUGUACAUCGCUCGAGGAUGUUUUUUUAAAACUAUCCAGGAGACAAGGUCAAUACGCCCAACCAACAACGGAAUUAAAUAUUUCGAACAAUAUUAGUUUGGCUUCUUUAAAUUGGGGAAAGAAGGAUGAACCAGUUUACGUCACCGAAGAAUCUGGUGUGGUUGGUUUGAAUUUCUAUCAAAGCAAAGAAGUCCUCAUUCAUGAUUCGACGAAUGGGGUUGGCAAUCAUUAUGACCUUACGAACAAAUCAUUACACGGAAGUAAAGCCGACUCAACGCUGGAAUGUAGUAAUUUUACAGAUUGUUACAAUAUUACUAGUGUAGGAAAAAUAAGGGCCCUCUUGCAAAAAAAUUUCUUACGUAUGUGGAGAAAUAUCGGUGUUAUGUUGUUCAUCUUCGCAUUGCCAGUCAUGCAAGUGAUACUCUUCUGUUUGGCAAUUGGAAGGGAUCCAAUAGGUUUAAAAUUGGCUAUAGUUAACCACGAAAUUUUUUUCGAAAAUAUGACGUGCCCUGUCUCGGAAGGCUGUGAUUUCUCUUUACUGAGUUGUCGAUAUCUCAAAUUUCUCAAUAACGAUACAAUUAUAAAGAAUUAUUAUCCGGAUCCUGAGGCAGCACAAGACGCCGUACGAAAAGGUGACGCAUGGGGAAUGCUAUAUUUCACAGAAAAUUUCACGGAUGCUUUAGUCGCACGAAUGGUACUUGGAAGGGAUGCUGAUGAUGAAACUCUCGAUCAAAGUGAGAUCAGAGUUUGGUUAGAUAUGUCCAAUCAACAAGUUGGCCUAAUGUUGAUGAGGGAUCUACAAUAUUCAUAUCGGGAUUUCGCCAAAGAUCUAUUGAUAGCGUGCAAAGAAAAUUCAAAGUUGGCUGACGUUCCGAUUCAAUUCAAGGAUCCGAUCUAUGGAUCGAACGAGCCAAGUUUCACGGAUUUCGUUGCACCCGGUGUUAUACUAACCAUCGUGUUCUUCCUGGCGGUUGCUUUGACCUCAUCUGCAUUGAUCAUCGAGAGAAUGGAAGGAUUAUUGGACAGAAGUUGGGUAGCAGGAGUAACACCCGGUGAAAUACUUUUUUCCCACGUGGUAACCCAAUUUGUCGUUAUGUGCGGUCAAACGGCAUUGGUAUUAAUAUUCAUGAUAUUAGUUUUCCGAGUCGAAUGCAAAGGUGAAAUAGGAUGGGUCAUUAUAUUGACGAUACUUCAAGGUCUCUGUGGCAUGUGCUUCGGAUUCGUAAUUUCGGCAAUUUGCGAGCUCGAAAGGAACGCCAUCCAAUUGGCCCUGGGUAGUUUCUAUCCCACACUUCUUCUCAGUGGUGUGAUAUGGCCCAUAGAGGGUAUGCCAACAGUUUUACGAUAUGUCUCGCAAGGUUUACCCUUGACGAUGGCAACUACGGCACUUCGUUCUAUGCUGACUCGUGGUUGGAGUAUAUCAGAGCCAGAUGUGUACAAUGGUUUUAUAUCUACAAUCAUUUGGAUCGUAGUAUUCCUCACAAUAAGCAUGUUGGUCCUUAAAUUCAAGCAUAAAUAGAAAUAGAAAGAGAAAGAGAGAGAGAGGGAGAGAGGGAGAGAGAGAGAAAACGGUUACGUUAUAUUGAUAGAACAAAUUUUAAGAUAAGGGUGAAAGGUGGAGGGGGACAAGUUUGAAGAGAAAGAUGAAAAAAUAUUUUUUAUUGUAAAUUAAAAAUUAACUUCGUUCAUAUUAUUGUAACUGUAUCGAGGGUAUUAAGGAUGAGGGAGAAUGAAGAAAAGUAAUAGGGAAGAUCGAAGAAAAAAACAAAUGAUCGUAUGAGUUUUGAUGAAGUUUUUUUUUUCUAUUUUCUCUCUUUCUCUCUCUCUCUCUCUCUAUCUCCCUCUCUGUCUCUUUCUCUCCCUCCCUCUCUCUCUCUCUCUCUCUCUCUCUUUCCUUCUCCCUCUCCGAUUCUUUCGUAAAUCAUCACUCCGAAAUGUGAUGAUUAAUGCGCAUAUGUGUAUAUAUGUGUUGCCAAAAUGAUUUUAAGUUUGAUAUGAUUGCGUGCAUGUAUGCGUGUGUGCCUGCGUGUACUUUUAAAUAAUAAAAAAAACAUGUACGUGUACGUGUGCGUACGUGUGUGCAUGUGUCUACUCUUGUGUGCGUGUAUUUGUAUUAUUUUUGGAUAAACUCACUUAGGGAUUUAUUUUUUACUUAUUAACGUUUCUACAUAUUAUAUAUAUAAUAAUAAUAAUAUAUAUAUAUAUAUAUAUGUGUGUAUGUGUGUAUAUGUAUAUGCAUACAUACACACAUUGUAUGCAUAUAUAUAUAUUUCUUUUUUCAAUUUGUUUUUAGUCAUAUCUUAUAUACAUUCUCAGAGUAUAAUUAAUGCAUCUACGUUUAGGGAUGCCUCGGUAAACUUGUUCGCGAGAAUAGAAAAAGAAUAGAUUAUAAGUAAAAUGGAAAAAAAAACAAACCAAAAAAAACAAAAAAAGAA